GAGCCCUCUGCUGAGCUCCGCAACAGGUUGCUGCCCCGGGAGUGAAGCGGCGGGGACCGGAGCGGCGGGGAACAGGCCCAGGAUGGACAAGCUGAAGAAGGUGCUGAGCGGGCAGGACACCGAGGACCGGAGCGGCCUGUCCGAGGUAGUUGAGUCAUCUUCGUUAAGCUGGGGAACCAGAAUAAAAGGCUUCAUUGCGUGUUUUGCUAUAGGAAUUAUCUGCUCACUGUUGGGUACUUUUCUACUGUGGGUGCCCAAAAAAGGACUACACCUCUUUGCAGUGUUUUACACCUUCGGGAAUAUUGCAUCAAUUGGAAGCACCAUCUUCCUCAUGGGACCCCUGAAGCAGCUGAAGCGCAUGUUUGAGCCUACGCGUCUGAUUGCUACGAUCCUGGUGCUGUUGUGUUUUGCACUUACCCUGUGUUCUGCCUUUUGGUGGCAUAACAAGGGACUUGCACUUAUCUUCUGCAUCUUGCAGUCCUUGGCCUUGACGUGGUAUAGCCUUUCCUUCAUACCAUUUGCAAGGGAUGCUGUGAAGAAGUGCUUUGCUGUAUGUCUUGCAUAAUACACUGCCAGUUUGCAAAAGUGUGGAAGGCACUAUGGAUGGAAGCUGGUGGAGAGUUUUGUAAAUAUCCUCUAAAUCUCUGUCUUACAGACAUGUGCCUUUUAUCUUGCAGCAAAGUGUUGCUUGCUAUUUGAACAUUUGGGAGUUGCCUUUGGAAGCAAUGAUGUAUUCCCAAACCCAAAUGUAUAUAUAGCACAAUAUGAGGAGGGGGGUUUUGUAUCUUAUGGAGUGGAAUCUUCCUCAUGCUCUGUUUCUUCUUUGGAUGAUAUCUGUUGGAUUCUCAUAAAUAAAAACCUGUUAAACAGCAGCA